AUGAACUACCUGCGUCGACGGCUCUCGGACAGCAACUUCAUGUCCAACCUGCCCAACGGGUACAUGACGGACCUCCAACGCGCCGACCCGCCGCCGCCGCCGCCGCCGCAGCAGCAGCAGCAGCAGCAGCCGCAGCCGCAGCACAGCCCCGCAGUGUCGCCGUCCGAGAGGCGCCAGCCCGGCAGCCAGCAGGCGGGAGGAGGAGGAGGAGGAGGUGGGGGGGGAACCGGCUUCUUCUCCUCCAUCUCCAACGCCGUCAAACAGACCACCGCCGCCGCGGCCGCCACGCUGACCGAGGCGGCGGACAGGGCAGGGGUCUCCAGCAACGCCAAGUUACUCCUGGUUCUAGACGACCAGCAGACGGACUGGGUAAAGGUCUUCAGGGGAAGGAAAGUCCACGGUGAAUUUGACAUCAAGGUGGAACAGGCCGACUUCUCCGAGAUCAGCCUGGUGGCCCACGCUACCGGCGCCUUUUGCGUGCACAUCGAUGCGAUCAGGAACGGGCAUAAAGUCAAUAAAUCCUUCAAACCAGACUUUGUGCUGAUUAGAGAACAUGCCUUCAGCAUGGACAAGAAUGGAGAUCACCGGAACAUAGUGAUUGGCCUGCAGUAUGCCGGGGUGCCGAGUAUCAACUCCUUGCAUUCGGUCUACAACUUCUGUGACAAACCAUGGGUGUUCGCCCAGAUGUCCAGACUGCAUAAGCAAUUGGGCCCAGAAGAAUUCCCACUGAUCGAGCAGGUUUACUAUCCCAACCACAAGGAAAUGAUAACGUCCCCUGGGUUCCCUGUGGUGGUGAAGAUGGGCCACGCUCACUCCGGAAUGGGAAAGGUGAAAGUGGACAAUCAGUAUGAUUUUCAAGACAUCGCCAGCGUUGUCGCGCUGACCAAGACCUACGCCACGUCAGAGCCCUUCAUUGAUGCCAAGUAUGACGUUCGCAUUCAGAAAAUUGGGAGCCAUUACAAGGCCUAUAUGAGGACGUCAAUUUCUGGCAACUGGAAGACCAACACCGGCUCGUCGAUGCUGGAGCAGGUGGCCAUGUCAGACAAGUACCGGAUGUGGGUGGAUGCUUGCUCUGAAGUCUUUGGUGGGUUGGAUAUAUGUGCAGUGGAAGCUUUGCAUGGUAAAGACGGCAAGGACUACAUUAUAGAGGUGGAUGACUGCUCGAUGCCACUGAUCGGGGACCAACAGGAUGAAGACCGUGUCCAGAUUGCAGAGCUGGUGGUGUCCAAGAUGAACCAGACCGUCCCACGAACUUCAAGCCCUUCCCCGGUACGUGACAGCAGAACGACCAGCGGGAAGCCUGCAGAUAGAGCAGUGUCCCCUCAGCCCACCUCCCAGCCCAGAGUACCGCAGGCGCAGCAGCGCCCUCCAACCCAGGGUGGUCCCCAGCAAAGUCCUCCCCCUCAGCAGCGUCCACAACCUCAGGGCCAACCCCCUGUGCUGGCCCAGCAAUCUGCUGCCAGCCCCAGCCCCAACGAUCCCGCCGGCCAGGCACAGCAGACUAAAUCUAGUCAGCAACGACCCCCAGGACCCACCCAGGGUCAGAGACCUCCCUCUGGUCAGAGCUCUCCUCAGCGAAGCCAAGGGAGCUCCCCUCAAGUUCAGAGGCAACAGUCUGGUUCGCAGCAGCAGAAGCCAGCACCAGGUGGAUCGGGCCAGAAACCCUCAGGAGGCCAACCGCCGCAGCGACCCCCGCAACAGAGGCCUAGUCAGCCCCCCAGACAGAUGUCACAGGGAGGGUCCCAGGGUCCGCAACUGCAGCGAGCUCCCAGUCAGCCAAGUCGUCCAGGAGCACCGACCACCCAGCAGCCCCGACCUACUGCCCAGGGUCAGGGAGGCCUAGCAGGACGACCCCCGCUGCAGCAGAAGCCUCAGCCCUCGCAGAAGCCCGCCGGCCAAGACAACCCAGCUAUAGGUGGCUCUCCACAGCUAAACAAAUCCCAGUCUCUUACCAAUGCCUUCAACAUUCCAGAAACCCCGCCGCCCCGAGCCAGCCUUAGUCAGGAUGAGGUGAAGGCUGAAACCAUACGCAAUCUACGCAAAUCUUUUGCCAGUCUCUUCUCAGAGUGA